AUGACAGGCAGGCUGCUGAUGAAAAUGGCCAAGGAGCUGGCAGCGAGAGGAAAAGUAAUACUCCUACACCUCUCAACUCAAGACACUCACACCUGUCUCGUUUUGCUGCCGGCCGUCGAGGUAUUCUUUAUAGUGCAUGCCAGCAGCGCAGAGGCUGCAGUACCCAGCAAAGGAAGCGAGCAAGGCAGUAGUCAGGGCAGUAGCCAGGCCACAAGCAACCAGGGCAGUAGCCAGGCCACAAGCAGCCAGGGAGGUGCUGGCCCCUCGAGUGAGUUGGCCGCUCCACCCCCUCUCUUGCCUCUGCCUACUGAUGGCUUGGAGAGUGAACAAUCAUCACAACCCAAAACUACCCAAUCCAAGUUCCUCAAAUUUGCUGAAACGCACCGUACAGUGCUGAAUGAGAUUCUGCGCCAGAGAAGCACUCCACUUGUGGACGGGCCUUUCUCGGUGUUGGUCAAUCUUACCCGCAUGUUGGACUUUGACGUGAAACGACGUUACUUCCGCAGUGAGCUGGAGUGUGUUGACGAGGCGGUUUGUUGUGAAGAACUCGCUUUGCAUGUCAAGAGGGCAUCCAUCUUCGAGGACCCCUACCAUGAAUUGCACCAUUGUACUCCUGAAGAAUGGAAGAACCGCUUCCACAUUGUCUUCGAAGGGGAGGAAGGGCAGGACGUCAGAGGCCUGUUGAGAGAAUGGUAUAUGAUCAUAUUGAGGGAGAUUUUCAACCCGGAUUAUGCACUUUUCACUACAUCGGAGAGCAACAAAGUGAUGUACACUAUAAAUACCUCAUCGCACUACAACCCAGACCAUCUUCUCUACUUCAAAUUCAUCGGGAGGGUGAUUGCAAAAGCAAUCUAUGACAACAAACUUCUCGAGUGCUACUUUACUCGUUCCUUCUACAAGCACAUUCUGGGUAUUCCGGUCAAGUACACGGAUAUGGAAAGUGAGGAUUACACUUUCUACAAAAGUCUCGCCUACUUGAAGAGAAACCAUAUUUCUAGCAUUGGAUAUGAUUUGACAUUAAGCGUAGAGGUGCAAGAAGUUGGAGUGACUGAGGUGAGGGAACUGAAACCAGAUGGACAAAACAUACCCGUCACUGAAGAGAACAAGCUCGAGUACAUACAUCUGGUUUGUCAAAUGGAAAUGACUGGAGCCAUCCGCAAGCAACUAUAUGCUUUCCUUGAAGGAUUUUACAACAUCAUUCACAACCGACUGAUAAGUAUUUUCAACAAACAGGAACUUGAAUUGCUCAUUUCUGGCCUACCGUACGUUGGCAUCGAUGAUCUCAAAGCGAACACUGAGUAUUACAAUUACCAGCCCAGCUCCCUCCAGAUUCAAUGGUUCUGGAGAGCCCUACGUGAAUUCAACCAAGCUGAAAGGGCAAAGUUCCUUCAGUUCGUGACCGGUACGUCGAAAGUGCCACUCCAAGGCUUUUCAGCCCUUGAGGGUAUGAAUGGAGUCCAGAAAUUCCAGAUACACCGUGACGAGAGGUCAACCGACAGACUUCCUUCGGCUCAUACCUGUUUCAAUCAACUUGACUUGCCAGUGUAUGAGGACAGUCAGAAGCUGAGAAACAACCUUCUGAAAGCCAUUUACGAGUGCUCGGAGGGCUUCGGAUUCGCUUAA